UAUCUUCAGGGUUUGGAAACAACAGCAGUCUUUGAUAUGACUAAGCAGGAAUUUAUUCUGAACACACCAAAGAUCUCUGCCAUGAAGUGGUGGCCUGGAGACUUGGGAAGGUCAGCAACCCACACGGUGGUCUUUGCUCAGCUGUACGUCCACGGGAAGUGCUACGGCGUGCAUCCCUUCAUCGUGCAGAUACGCAGCCUUCAGGACCACUCGCUCUGCCCAGGCAUAACUGCAGGAGACAUCGGUCCCAAAAUGAGUUUUGAGCACAUUGACAACGGCUACCUCAUGCUGCAGAACGUGCGCGUCCCCAGGGAGAACAUGCUGAGCAAGUUUUGCGAGGUUCAACCAGAUGGCUCCUAUGUAAGACGGGGCUCACAGAAGAUUAAUUAUUUCACGAUGACUACAGUGCGCAUUUCCCUCCUUUCAGAUGAAGUUAUACUGCCUCUCAUGAAAGCUUGCACCAUCGCCAUCCGAUACUCCGUGGUUCGCCGGCAGUCCAAGCUAAAGCCUGGGGAACAAGAAGCAAAAAUCCUGGACUACCAGACUCAGCAAGAGAAACUGCUGCCCCAGUUGGCAACAGCCUAUGCCUUCCAUUUCAUCAACAACUACCUGCAGGAGCUGUUUGACCGGGGGUACAGGGAGAUCCAGAGGAAGAACUUCGACACGCUGCCAGAGCUCCACGCAUUUUCUUCAGGCUUUAAAGCCAUGAUUACUCAGCACUCCACUGCAGCAGUGGAGAUCUGCCUCCGGGCGUGCGGGGGACAUGGCUACUCCUUGCUGAGCGGACUCCCUUCCCUGUACACUAAAAUACUUGCCUCUUGUAUUUAUGAAGGGGAAAACACCAUUUUGCUCCUCCAAACUGCCAGGUUCCUGAUCAAGUGCUUCAUGGCAGCCAGAGCUGGCCAGCCCGUGCCACCGUCUGUCACUUAUCUGGCUGCAGCCAAACCCGGCAAGUGUCCAGCCAAGAACAAGUUGGAUUUUCUCCGUCCAGAUAUUUACCUCGAGGCCUAUCAGCACACGGCAGUCAGACUGAUCAGCAGCGCAGCAACUAAACUACAGGACAUGAUUCAGUCUGGAGCCAAAAAGCACGACGCGUGGAACCAGUGCACGGUGCAGCUGGUGCAGGCAGCGAAGGCUCACUGCCACUACAUCACUGUGAAAAACUUUGUAGAAACUGUGGAAAGACUCGAGACCAAGGCUGGCAUCCAGAAGAUUAUGAAACAUCUUUGUGACCUCUUUGCACUGCAUGGGAUCUUCUCGAAUGCAGGGGUCUUCUUGCAUGACGGAUUCGUAUCUGGAGCUCAAAUGGACAUGGUCACAGCGUCAUACCUGGACCUCCUGCCUGUCAUUCGGAAGGACGCUGUUCCACUCGUGGAUGCUUUCGACUUCACAGAUAAGAGCCUGAACUCUGCCCUGGGCAGCUACGACGGGCAGGUUUACCAACGGCUCUACGAGUGGGCGCAGAAGGCACCCACCAACAAGCAGAUGAGCCCAGCCUACGAGAGGUAUCUGAAACCACUUCUUCACAACACGCUAUCGAAAUUAUGA